GUGAGAUACUAGUACGGACGUACCGUUCAGGGCCAACGACUACCUCUGUACUGCAGAAUGACGACGGACGAGACUGAACUAAGCCUGCAUGCUGUUUAUCAUGGUUUGCUGACAUGUCGAACCGAAUCGGGCCAGUCCACUAGUGACUUGCAUGGUCGGCCAUGUUACAGUUAUCGGACGGGACACAGAUCUGAGAAGACAGGGCGCGUGGAGUGCGCUUGAACCUCAAAUCAAAGCUGGCGUAAGCCGUUACUAACUAAGGCGUUAGGUGCACAACAUCACAUCGCUCAGCUGCGAACAGGUGGAAAGAGGUACCCGACGAGCGACAUCAGUGGGAGGAGGAACAGCAGCCAUGAGUGGGGGCAAGGCAGUAUCGCGCGGAGUUUCGCGCGAUCGAAUGCUUACAACUCGCACCCUUGGCUCAGUGCGACGUCGUCAAACGAAGCAGGGCAAUGUUCUGCUGCAAGAUGUUGACGCAGGCAAGCCAUGCCUGGCGUGCAAGAACUGCAAGGAGGGAUUUGCAUUGCAUGUGUGGCGCAAAAGCUGUAGGAACUGCUACUGCAAGAGAGAGGACCAUGAUAUCGGCAUCGUGGUGGACGAUCCGACGGACAUUCCCAACAUGCACCUCAAGCACAUGCAAUCCGGUUCUGCGGACGCGCCGCCGGAGGUGAAGCGUACCGGGCGUAAGUGGAGGCCGCCCAGCAAGAGCCAGGUACCACUCGGCUCGGUCUCUGAAGAGCCAGAGGAAGAAGAGGAAGGUCUGGAUGACGCGUUCGCCGGGACCAGCCUGAAAAACGAUAUUGUGGAGGAGAAUGACUCGCCAUAUGCAUGGAUUCCAGAUGGGCUUACAAAGAGGCAGGUUGAGAAGUUCAUGGACAUGGUACCUGUCGACGCUCGGCCUGAGAACACGCUGGAGGGACAGCAGAAACGAGCACGUCGCCGCUUGCAUCAGCUUCCUCCUCAUGACUCCGACAAGGAUGCGUGCAGUGGUGUGGACAAUGAGGCGGCCGAAGUCAUGCAGAACUUUGUGGCGAAUCGCGACACCAAGGAUUUGGGCAAGGGAAGCGUGGCCGAGCAGGAGGAGAUAAAGAGCUGCGCUGACUGCAGCCAAACGAUUGCCAUAGGGGACAUGUCAGUGACCAGUGGCCGUCUUCCCGGACAACAUUUCCACCCGCAGUGCUUUGUGUGCACCGAGUGCAAGCAGUUUCUGGUCGACCUCGUUCACUUUGUUCACGAGGGCAAGUUGUACUGUGGGCGCCAUCACGCUGAGAUGAUAUUUCCCCGCUGUGGUGGAUGCGAUGAGCUCAUCUUCAAAGGUACCUAUACCGUAGCUCAAGGCAAGAGGUGGCAUCCGGAUCACUUCUGUUGCAUGGGAUGUGACAAUCCGCUGGCGGCCGAGAAGUCCGAAGAAUUUGUGCAGACCAAGGGCAAUGUGGUGUGCGUGCCGUGCUUUGAAAGCAAGUUUGCCAAGCACUGCUUGAUGUGCGAAGCUAAAAUCGGGGCUGGCGAAGAGCAGCUGAGCAGUGGAGAGUACCAGUGGCAUACCAAAUGCUUUACGUGCAAUGACUGCAAGGCCGUACUCGAUCCCAGUCAGUUCCUGCUUCGCGAAAAGAAGCUCUUCUGCCAGAAGUGCUACUCUGGCAAGUUCUCGUACAGCUGCGCCAAGUGCAAGGAUCCCAUCGAUGGCACCCAGCGCUCUCUGGGAGUCGGGGACAAGAAGUGGCACUCGUCCUGCUUUGUGUGCAGUGGCUGUCAGUCGGAGCUCGCCGGCAAGCCGUUCGUCGACCACAGCUCUGGUCUCUUCUGUGUGCCUUGUUACGAGAAGUCGCACGCCACCCGCUGCAAAGCAUGCAGCAAGGUGAUAGGCGAGGCGGGUGGACUACGCUACAAGGAGGAUGUGUACCAUGAGAAGUGCUUCGUUUGCUCCUACUGUCAGGUUCCGUUGGCCGGGAAGAAGUUUGUGCGCAAAGAUGAUAAGUUCUGUUGUGAGAAAUGUUUCGGUGAGAAGCUUGCGCCGAAGUGUUUCGCCUGUCGGAAAGUCAUUGUCAAGAAUAGUGAUGGCGAUGACUCGUUCAUUGCCCACCAAUCCAACAGCUGGCACAUUCCCUGCUUUGUCUGCUCCAACUGUGGAAAGAAGCUGGAUGGAGAACGCUUCAACUUCAAGGACAAUGCACUCACUUGUGGACUUUGCCUCUAAUCUAAUCACGGUCUCUCUCUCUCUCUCUCUCUCUCUCUCGUUCUCUCUUGUGCCAUACAAAAAUCACAUAGCCAUUUUUAUGUUUGGUCGAAUAAUUACUCCUCCCAUUGCGCUUGUUGCCACUAUGAUUUUAGCCCUAUUUCAUUGCACGUGAACGUAUUUUUACAACGCAGGCUGAAGAUGUGUCUCGGUGCAACGCCAUUUUUCAACUCGGUUCUAGAAAUUCUCUAUGGCAUGCAAUAUUAUCAAAGGUAUGGACUGACCGUUGUGAUCAACUUAUUCAGUGUCUAUUUUUGCCCGCAGCUCAAUUUUCGCUUCUGUUCCUCUGGGCAGUGGCCAUAACAGCGCUGUUUACUGCACUGCUUCUAGCAGGCUAAAAGGUGUGUAUGCUUCUGAUGGUUGGCUGAAUAUUUGAAAUGAACGAGAAGCAUUGUUCUUUCGAAUGACGAACUUCUA